AUGAAGUACUGUGAUGGUGCCAGCUUCAGUGGAAACAAUGAUACGGUCACCAAAUAUCAGAACACCUCGCUAUUCUUUCGUGGUAAGCGAAUCAGAGAAGCUAUUGUGAAGGAUUUGAUGGAGCAACAUGGCCUCAACCAAGCGACCGACUUGAUGGUCUCUGGUUGCAGUGCUGGCGGUUUGGCAACAUACCUUCAUGCAGAUCAAUGGUGUGAAGCGCUGCAGGCGGCCAAUCCUUCGGCCAAAUGCGCGGCCUUGCCAGACAGUGGCUUUUUCCUGGAUUACCAGGACCCAGAGGUGCCAUGCACACCUCCGAGUUUGCUUGGGACAACCAUCAACGGGGACUAUCACUGCGGCUUGAAAUGGACAUUCCACAUUCAGAAUGCAACGGCCGGCAUUGACUCGAAAUGCGUUGCCAAGCAUACAAACGAGGAAUGGAAGUGCAUGUUUGCAGAGCAUGCCGCGGAGCAUAUCCAGACGCCAGUCUUCGCGAUGCAGUCUGUGUAUGAUUCAUGGCAGGUCGGCCACGUGGAAGGCACUGGAGGAUCAACAAAAACUCAAAUGCUGGGGAAGAAUAUCACAGAGCGUUUGGUGAAGAACUUGCUCGGAAAGAACCCCAAGUCGGGUGCUUUCCUGGAUGGCUGCUAUCAUCACUGCGGGGCUUGGAAUUUGAUCCGCAUUGACGGAGACCUCGUGUCAACUGCCAUUCAGAAAUGGUACGAUGGCCUGAGCACGGAGGGCAACAAGCGUCUCUGGAAUCAAGAUCGGCCGUUUCCUUGUAAGGAUUGUUGCAGUCCAGGGGCAGAGGUGACCGAAAUCAUCCUGUAA